CUCCGGAUUCCUGUGGGCCUCUGGGGAACUGGCUGAACUGGGGUCCUCUCAGUCCAGCGCAGACAAGAAAGAAAGGAAUCCCUCAGAAGAGGAAGAAGACUUUGGAUUUGAUAUCAUCAUCAUCAUCAUUUUUUAUUUGUAUGCCACCUUUCCACAGUUAAAAAAACAAUGCUCAAGGCGGCUCACAGCACAACAAGAUUUACAUACAGUGGUACCUCGGGUUACAUACGCUUCAGGAUGAGAACAGAAAUUGUGCUCCGGCGGCGCGGCAGCAGCAGGAGGCCCCAUUAGCUAAAGUGGUGCUUCAGGUUAAGAACAGUUUCAGGUUAAGUACAGACCUCCGGAACGAAUUAAGUACUUAACCUGAGCUACCACUGUAAUUACAUAAGUUAUAAACAAUAAAGAAACCACAUAAAAACAUACACAACCAAAUGGGAAACAAUUUCCACAUAAAUCAAAAUCUAAAACUAAGAAUACAGCAUUAAUAUCACAGUUUAAAAUGACAUAGGUAAAAAAUAACAGCAACUUAAACAAAAAACAAACAAAACAGAGCCCUUUGACCAGCAGCGGCAGCAUGUGGCCAUCAGGCCCCGUCCUAGGCCAGGGGGUGAGUGGCAGGACUGGGGCCUUCAGGCGCUCAGCAGGGGAGUCCUCCCGCUUUAGAACAACAACAACAACAACAAUUUAUUUAUACCCCACCCAUCUGGCUGGGUUUCCCCAGCCACUCUGGGCGGCUUCAAACAGAACACCAAAAUACAAUAACCUAUUAAACAUUAAAAGCUUCCCUAAGCAGAGCUGCCUCACUCCCCUUCAGGAGUCUCAAAGCGGCUCACAUUCUCCUUUCCCUUCCUCCCCCACAACAAACACUCUGUGAGGUGAGUGGGGCUGAGAGACUUCAGAGAAGUGUGACUAGCCCAAGGUCACCCAGCAGCUGCAUGUGGAGGAGCGGAGACGCGAACCCGGUUCCCCAGAUUAUGAGACUGCCACUCUCAACCACUACACCACACUGGCUCUCCAGUGGAAGCCAUUGCGGAGAAGAACUGGACUUGGCUGCUCUUUGCUGAGGGUCUCCUGCCUUUCUUCCAAGGCUUCCUGGGGGUGCCAUGGCCAGAGGAAGACACAGCCCCCCCCCGAAGGGCCCUGGGGAGCAAGCAGAGCCUGCCUCAGUUUCCUUCCCCAAGGCCUUGGAGGAACCUUGGGGUGCAGAAGGAGGAACCCCAAAUGUAGCUCAGACUCCUGGCAAGUGGGGAAAGGAACAUGAAAUGGCACUUUCCAGGUGAGUCUUGGAAUCGCCCCCCAGUUCCAGGGACUGAUCCGCCCUGGCUUCCUCCUCGGAGGUCCCUUCCAAAGGAGAAGGGGUCCCAGGUCUCCAUGGGGGAAAGCGUCCCUGAGUCCUGCGUUCAAGGCCUAGGCUUUUGCCUUUCAGGCUCUGGCCACCUUCUCCGUGGUGUUUAUGGGAGCUGUAGAGAUGGGGUCACAUGCAGACAGUCCCAAGUUUAAGAAGGAUCCCUUGAAAAAGAUGGGCUCUGGUUCGGAAUAUCCCUCUCCCCCCACAUCUGUACACUCAACUUCACGGCAAGAAAAUUUGUUUUAAAAUUUGUUGCCGAUUCAUUUUUUGAAAGUUUUAAAGAGUUGUUUCUACCAAUAAUUAUAAUGUUCCAGUCUCAUUAUAGAUAACUUUCAGAUUUAUUUAUUUUUAGAUCCAGUCAUGUAUAUAUAGGAGAAAUUUUUAAAAAGGUUCCUAGACUGGAGGUUACCCACAGAAACCCACAAGAAAAGGAUGAAGUCUCGAAGUGGAAAGAAAUACAAAUGGGUCUGCAAAGAACCGCAUCCCAAAACGUGUUGCCACAGAAACUAGGGAGCUGGAGAUGCUUUCCUGGCAGUGAGACAAAAUGUCAUGGCUAAAGUCUUGAGGGCAGAAACUGGAAAAUACUAUGUCUGCAAAGUGUCCUGAAGUUUUUUUCAGUAAGACAGCUGAGAAAUCUUUAGUCGAAAGUUCUUUUGCCAAUGAACUUUGCCUCUGCGUGAUUUAUUGGGAACCAGAUGCAUCCGCUCCAAAGAAGCUUCUGCAGCGCCUUGGCAUUGAAGACCCAGAAAAAGAGACGGAGGGGAAUGUGUGGGUCACAAGGUGGGAAGGAGUCGCUGGGAGAGGCAGAAGGUUGUGUUGAGCAGGCGAGGGAAGAACAGGGAGAGAGAGAAAGAGCCCCAUGGAAUAGUUUUGUGAGCAGCGCUGAGUGAAUUCUGGAUCCAUGGUUUCUGGGUCAGGAGACCCGUGGUUUGUAGGCCAGUUGCCUGUGGUUUCAGUUGUAGGCAGGGAUUGCCUUUAGAUUUCUACUUGCCUUCUCUGGUCCAAUCCGUCAGUUUGCCCAGAAAGGAAUGCGAGGGGCACCUGAGUGUUAGACUGCAAGGGGCACCUGAGUAUUAGACUCUCCCCCCCCCUUUGUCCCUCUCUUGUAUCUGUUUGUCUAUCUCCUUGUAUAGGUUGUUAUUGAGCAACCCACCCACCCCGGUAUAAAAGGGAAAUGGGAGCUCAACCCUCCAAGCACCAUAGCUGGACUCCUCCUGGCAACAAGGCUUCCAUGAAGCCUCUUUGCCCUAGAGAGGAUUCUGAUACACCUCUCCAGUUUGUCAUCUCCAACUGGAAAAGUUUAAAGGGGCGAAAGGGUUUUCCAAGUCCAAAUUGAGAGACCUUUGUAACUUUUCAUGGGUGGCUUUUACCCAUCACCUAGAGGCAGGGUCUCAAUGGCCACCUCAAGGCUCUUUUAACGUUACGAAGAUGCAAGCACUUAGAUCCUACUCAGCUGAUGAAAAACCCCAACAGCUUUACUACCUAAAUGCCUUUGUGGAGGCCCACAAACUCUUUAAAUGUAAGCAAGCACAGAUCGCUCGGCAGAUGGCUGUACUGGGAACCGCCAGACCCCCUCCUUAUGAUGAAAUCAGGAAGAACAGAGCAAGAGGAACAGGUAGAUAGGUCACUCAUUUCCUUUUACUUUGUUUAGUCAUUUAGUCGUGUCCGACUCUUUGUGACCCCCUGGACCAGAGCAUGCCAGGCACUCCUGUCUUCCACUGCCUCCCGCGGUUUGGUCAAACUCAUGCUGGUAGCUUUGAGAACACUGUCCCACCAUCUCGUCCUCCGUCGUCCCCUUCUCCUUGUGCCCUCCAUCUUUCCCAACAUCAGGGUCUUUUCCAGGGAGUCUUCUCUUCUCAUGAGGUGGCCAAGGUAUUAGAGCCUCAGCUUCUGGGUCUGUCUUUCCAGUGAGCACUCAGGGCUGAUUGCUUUCAGAAUGGAGAGGUUUGAUCUUCUUGCAGUCCAUGGGACUCUCAAGAGUCUCCUCUAGCACCAGAAUUCAAAAACAUCCAUUCUUCGGCGGUCAGCCUUCUUUAUGGUCCAGCUCUCACUUCCAUACAUCACUACUGGGAAAACCAGAGCUUUAACUAUACGGACCUUUGUUGGCAAGGUGAUGUCUCUGCUUUUUAAGAUGCUGUCUAGGUUUGCUUUUACUACCCUGAACCAAUGGGACCCCUGCCAGCCGGACCAGGAGCCGGAGCCAGAGCCGGGGCAGGAGCUGUAGACAGCCUAGGGAAUCCUGCCCCCGAUCUUUCCCAAAACCUACAAACCCCAGCUCAGAAUAACCUUCUCCAGAACGCGCCAGAAGGGAGGGGGGAACAAGCUAAUCCUGACCCCAAUGCUCUGCCUGCGGGGGCUCCUUCAGAUGAGGAAGGUGAAGAACCGAUCUCUAGGCCAACUCGCCACAGAAAUAACCUAGUCAAUGGAGAAGUAGAGGCUGUGCUCCCCCUCAGAGCGCUACCCCUACCCCCGGCAAGAGGAGGAGACCCGCCUCGCAUGGUUUUCAUCCAUCAGCCUUUCCUCACCUCCGAUUUAAUGAACUGGUCAGAUAAAAUGCCUUCCCUCCGAGAUGACCCCGAUAAAUGCCAUCGACAAGGAGCCACUAUCUUUUCCACUCAUAAUCCAACGUGGACUGAGGUGCACAUGUUGUUAGGAGUCCUUUUUAAUGAAGCUGAGAAGAGGGAGAUACUGGUGAAGGCAGAGGAAGCUUUGAGCAGACCUGACUAUCAAGCAGACAGACCCGCUGAUAUUCCCCCUUUGACAGCCCAAAACCUCCUGAAUGACCCUGCCUGGGAUUAUAACACAACUGGGGGUAUAUGGGGUUUGAAGAUAUUUAAGAAAGCUAUCCUGGAUGGCUUGCAAGCUGCAGGACAGCAAACAGUGAACUGGACUAAAGUCCAAGGCGUCCUACAAGGACCCGAUGAACACCCUUCUGAUAUUAUACCCCAAAAUGGGGUAUAAUAUCGGCUUAGCGGAUUAUAUCCCAAUUGGGAUAGGAUAGACCCUGAUAGUCGACAACAUGAGGCUAUUGUUAAGGGAUUCUUUAAAGACCAAGCCACUGCUGACAUACAGAAGGCGUUAAACGCACACCUCAGCUACAACAGGAAAAUGAUAAAUGAGAUCAGACUAUUGCCAAGUCAGUUUUUAAUUCAAGAGAUGAAUGAAAAAGUAAGGACCAGAGAGGAGAAUCCCCACGAGUGCUAGCCUACACAAUCAGGGUCCCCCCUCCUAGGGAAAGGCAGAAGGGAAGAGGACAUGAACAGCCAGACAGACGUGUCUGUUUCCAUUGCAAUGAGGAAGGACACAUCAGAAGGAACUGCCCAUUAUUAACCGGACACCAAGAAUCCAGGCCCGGGAGAUCAGACUAUAAGAGAGGCAAGGACACUGAGGCCGGAAUACAGGGAACCAGCUAACCCCAGGCUCAGGGAAACUCCCUGAUUAUGGGUCCUCCCAAAUGCAACCCCAAAGGACAAACCGCCCUGCAACCCUUCCCACGAAAUGGUAAUGCAGGAAUACAAUGACUAUUGACAAUCAGAAGCAGAUCCCGCCUCUUUUCCUUUCCUUUGCCCUAUCCUACAACCAUCAUCCUCGGAUCCUAUCUGCACCAUGCAGAUAGACGGACAAUUUUAAGACUGUCUGCUAGACACGGGGGCCACCUAUUCUACUCUCACAAAUAGUCACUUGACCCCAGGAGAAGAAACCAGGACUGUAAUGGGACUGGACGGGAUUCUUAGAGUUUGCCCCCUUUCCAAGGCUGCCAAAGUGUCAGUUGGACCUUUGUCCGUUAAGCACACUUUUUUAUUAACUUCUAGCCCCAUCAACCUUUUGGGGAGGGAUCUGCUUUGUAAACUAAAUGCCACCAUCCAGUGUGGACAGGAGGGGAUGCCCAAUGAAUCUAUCUUCAACUACCAAGGAAUCUUACAAGAGAAGGAUAAUAAAGAUCUGGAUCUUCCCCCGAGCUCCUAAAUGGGGUCCCCCCCCCGGCUGUGGGGAACUGAAUCCACAUCAGUUGGACUCUUGAAGUCCGCCACCCCAGUAAAGGUGAAGUACAGGAAAGACCUGCCUUUUCCCUGUACCAAACAAUACCUAUUACCAAAGGAAGCAAUAGAAAGACUUACUCCGAUGAUUGAGGAAUUCUUAAAAAUGGGAGUUCUAGUUCCCUGCACUUCUCCUUGUAGCACCCCCUUGCUCCCUGUCCGCAAGCCCCACACAAACCCUGUAAAAGGGUGCUUGGUUCAGGACUUGAGACUUGUGAACUCCUUUGUCAUUCCCCACCAUGCCAAUCCUCAUCACCAAUUCCGGAGGGAACGGUAGUUUACUCUGUCAUUGAUUUAUGUUCUGCAUUCUUCAGCAUCCCAGUGGAUGCCUUCACCUGGCAAACCAGACAAUUAACAUGGACGUGACUACCCCAGGACUAUGUGGAAUAUUUUCCGCUAUACUAAAUCAGGAUCUGCUAGACGUUACCCUUCCAAAGGGGUCCGCCCUCCUUCUACACGUUGAUGACAUCUUACGAUGUGGGCGGGACUUAGAAUAUUGUAAGCUGGACACCAUAGCUCUUCUCACGGCAUUAGCGCAUAAAGGACACAAGGUAUCCCCAAAGAAAAUACAGUAAUGCCAAAGGGAAGUAAAAUACCUUGGUCACAUCCUAGGAAAAGGAACCCGUGCCUUAACAACCAGUGACCAACCCUUCCCUCUGGAAGCAGGAAACCAUGAACUCCUCUUUGUCCUCUGGGAUGUACUCAUGGGGAGGGGGAAAGAAGGAACUGGCCAGGUGACAAGACACUGAGGUUACCACCACAACUCCUCCCUCAACCCCUCCUUUUUGUGAUGUAUCAAUGAUGUAGUUCUGAUGUAGUCUUAGGGGUGUAGCAUGGGGGAUUAGUAGCUAAGAAAAGGUGGGGUCUUCUUUUGUUUGGGGCUUCCAUCUUGCUUCGUCUUGCAGUGAGUUGGAGUCCUAUCGCGACAGUCUCAAUAAAGACCAAGCCUACUGGCUGCUGUUUUGCUCCAAUUUUCCUGGUUGGUGUCCUUGCUUUUUGUCCAAAGGAGCCCUCGGAUUUCUCCGUUAACAUAAGCAAAGAACCAAAUACUUGCAGAUCAAAUUAUCUCAUGCAAGAGAUUGUAUCCAAACAGGACUCGUGUGUCCUAUAUGCCAGGAAAAGAAAUUGCUGAUUUGUUGUCAAAUGUUGUUAACAAAGAGCAACUGACUAUUUAUAAAUAAAGUGCACAUGAGCUAAAUAUGCGGCAAUGGUUGUCAUGAAAAGGGGUAGGAUGCUAGUAUUUUCACUCUCCCAUUUCUGGAUCAUGUGAUCCUUAUUUACAUUCCACACUUCUGGAAGUGUAAGAACGGAAACUCAGACACAGAACUUCCGUUCUUUGUGCUUUUGUUUUUCAUCUUUUUGUUCUGUCUCCCAGACAGACAGGAUGUGUGUGAGCUGCUCCUCACACUGUUGCUCUAUUCUAUAUUAUGAUUUGUGUUGAUUUGUUUUGAUUUGAUACACUGCAAUAAAUAGCGAUACUACAUACUUCCAACAGCUCAGCUAUCGUUUCCUCUGCUGUCUGCAUGCUCAUAUGAGCAGACAGGAGUCGCUGAGAUACAGGACUGCUGCCAAACACUUCAUGGGUGUCCUGUUACCAGAGAGGGAGGCCUCCAUAAUGGCUUCUCCCUUGUAUGAAUUCUUUGAUGGGUCUUGAGAUUCGAGCUUUGACUGAAGCUCUUUCCACAUUGGAAGCACUGAUACGGUUUCUGACCUGUAUGUGUUCUUUGAUGGGAAGUGAGACUAUCCUUUCGAUUGAACCUCAUCCCACAUUCCAAGCACGGAUAGGGUUUCGUCCCGGUAUGAAUUCUUUGAUGGCAAGUGAGACUGGAAUUGUGACGAAAGCUCUUUCCACACUCAAGGCAUUGAAAAGGUUUCUCCCCUGUGUGAAUUCUUUGAUGGGAAGAGAGCGUAGUCCCCUCCAAGAAGCUCUUUCCACAUUCUAAGCACUGAUAGGGUUUCUCCCCUGAAUGAAUUUUUUGAUGGGCAGUGAGACUUUGCCUGAGAAUGAAUCUCUUUCCACAUUCAAAGCACUGAUAUGGUUUCUCGCCUGAAUGAAUUUUUUGAUGGGAAGUGAGAUGUGCGCUUUGACUAAAGCUCUUUCCACAUUCCAGGCAUUGAUAGGGUUUCUCCCCUGUAUGAAUUCGUUGAUGGGAAGAAAGCUUAGUCCCCUCCCGGAAGCUCUUUCCACAUUCUAAGCACUGAUAGGGUUUCUCCCCUGUAUGAAUUCGCUGAUGGGAAGUGAGACUCUGCCUGUGACUGAAGCUCUUUCCACAUUCUAAGCACUGAUAGGGUUUCUCCCCUGUAUGAAUUUUUUGAUGCGAAGUGAGACCCUGCCUGUGACUGAAGCUCUUUCCACACUCAAGGCAUUGAAAAGGUUUCUCCCCUGUAUGAAAUCUGUGAUGGGAAGCGAGACUCAGCUUGUAAAUGAAGCUCUUUCCACAUUCCAGGCAUUGAUAUGGUUUCUCCCCUGUAUGAAUUCUUUGAUGGAAAGUGAGAUAGAUCCCCUGGCUGAAGCUCUUUCCACAUUCAAAGCACUGAUAGGGUUUGUCACCCGUAUGAAUUCUUUGAUGGGAAGUGAGAUGGGAGCUCUUUCUGAAGCUCUUUCCACAUUCAAAGCACUGAUAUGGUUUCUCCCCAGUAUGAAUUCUUUGAUGGGAAGUGAGAUGAUCCUUCCGACUGAAGCUCUUCCCACACUCUCUGCACUGAUACAGUUUCUCCCUGCUCUGUCCUCUUUUGUGUGCAGUGAGGCUAUCCCUCUGGACAAAGCUCUUUCUUUGACGGGAGGUGGACUGGCAGCUCUGACGGAUGUUCUCUCCACACUCUGAAUAUUUAUAUGACUUCUCCGAUAUGUGGAUUCUGUUGUGGUCUCCCUUGUUCUCCCCUUCCAAUUCAUCACCAUCUGCAAUGAAGAGAGAAGUUAAUUAGCGCCUCAAAAACAAAUGGAGGUCCAGAUUACUGAACAAUGUUUUCCCCCCACCUCACUUGAGAGUGCUCCGUUUCGGCCUCAAGAGGACAUCCUUGAAGUCUAACUUAAUGUCAUUGUCGAUGUGUGGCAUCUUCGACCCAGCGUUUGAGCACGCCUGCAGGGCGCCUGACUCUCUUGAAACCAGUGGGGUGCAACUGCCAGCAUACUAUGACAGGGGCGCAGACACAGAACCAUCAAACCCACCACCUGACCCCUCCCCCACCAAUGCACUGCCAUGUCAGCGUAAGUCAUGCAAACUCUGCAUCGCUGCCCCGGACCCCAACCCCACUCAGAGCGAAGGGGACGUGGUUCACAUCCAUUAUUGAACAAAGUUAAUGAAUGCUUGUGACAGAGGAAGAACUGAAGGGAGAGAUGGGAGGCCUUCCUAUACUUUUCACUGCUUUUCAAGCGCUGGUAUUAACUGAGAUAUUACUUGGCUUUUAUCUGGGAUAGAUAUUUUUUGGCUCAACCCUGGAAUCCACUCCAUCUCCAAGGUCAGUCAUCUCUUUGGUCAAUCAAAUGCAAACAGAAGCAAAAACAACACGCUUGACAGAAUUUACAUCAACUUCCCUAAAAACUCUGAAGCCGGCAUUUAAGAAGGCCUGGGUGGUUCAGACAAGCCUGGUCAUUGUUUUAAAAGGCAUGACUAGACGCAGAACAUUCACAGAGGAAACAGUUGAUAUCCCUCCAUUCUGGGUUCACGGUGGGGGAUGUUAGAAUCCCAGAUGCUCUUGGUCUCCAUCCAAAUAGUGAAGGUUCAUCAUAUAGAGGUAUGCAUGGAAUUUCAAAACUGAUCUUAUGAUCUAACGGAAUUUUACCAAGAGGGUCCAUGAUCCCACGAUUCUCCUCCUUUACUUCCUUAUGUAGAACUCUCUGGUCAGGAUCCAGCAACGUCCACACCUUGUCUGUAAAACAAACAGCAACAUACUCCUGACUAUUAUAUAUAUGUGAACCUAGGAGCUCAAAGGGGUGAAUGUUUGCAUCUCCUACAGAGCGAAAGUCAUGAAUUUGGUCCCCAGAUGUCAGGGAACUGACAUCGGAGCUAGAGGUGGAGGGAAGGCUCUCAAAUGAUGCUGGAGAAGGGCCCAGCAGGGAGAGAGGCAGCUCAGCAGAGGGGGAAGCAAAUCAGCGCAACACCAGGGAUAAAGGGGGGCAGAUGGGGGAAUCGGCGAGAGGGCUCCAGGACUCUUCACUGGACACCAGCGGGGAGAGCACGGGUCCUCCGCUACCCACGCCCACCCUGCGCAGAAGACUUCCGUGCAGAGAGAGAAGGAGGAGACUGGGUGUCAAACAACUUUUAUGUUGGAAAAGAUUUAAGAAACGCCCACUGACGGAUUCUGCUAGCGACUGAGGCAGCCACGAAGUGAAGGGCUGCCCAGACUGAAUGGUUUAGCAAGGCAACAAAGCCUGGAGAGGCGGCAACUUACGCACGAGCAACCCAUACACAUUACACCCCCUUUUUGUUGUUCUUUUUUGUUAUUUAUCUCUGUUUUAUUGUUGAGUGUAUUAAGCAGUUUAUGUUUUGUUUUCUUACCGUUAGUGUUGAUAUUAUAUUAUUAAUUGUUGGCUAUUGGUAUAUAUUUGAGCCCACCCUUUCAGAAUCCUUUUUACUGUUAAUUGAACUACUUUACACCUUUCUCUCUUUUUUUCUCUACUUCCUUUGAAUAUUUUCAAAUAAUAAUUAUUUAAUUGGGAAUACUUAAAGUUAAUUUCAGUGUGUAUAACGGGUAGAGUCUGCCUUAUAUAUAUUUAGAUAUGCAAGAAUGUUAAUUACUCAUAUAUUUCGUAAUCCAUAUGUUAAAUAUAUGUACAGUUAAUAUAUGACUCAGGUUGGAGCAAUAAUAAUUUUCAGUAUAUUUGGUCUAUAUUAGGCCUUCCAAACAAUUUUGCUAAAGAUAAAAUAGAGGACAAGGAAGCUUACAGAUUAAAGUCAUAAUGAGAAUUAUAAGUAUGAAUGUCAAGGGGUUAAAGGAAAAGAAAAAAACAAAUGCUAACACUCAAAUAUCUACAGUCAUUAAAGGCUGAUAUAGGUCUAUUAAAGGAAACACAUUUGACAGAACAAGGGGCUCAAACUUUGAAAUGUCAAUGGGUAAAAGAAGUUAUUUCAACAAACUCAGACGAAAAUGCUAGGGGAGUCACAAUUUUAUUUAGGAAAGGCUGGCCUCAUGAAAUACAAGAUAUAAUAAGAGAGGAAGAUGGUGGGUGCUUAAUAAUUGUAAUUAAAACAGAAGGGACAGAAAUAGCAAUAGUAAAUGUCUGUGCCCCCAACACUGAUGACCAUAAGUUUAUUCACAACUGCUUUAAGAGAUUAAGCCUUCUAUCGUAUCAGCACUUGAUAAUGGGUGGAGAAUUUAAUGAAAUUUUAGAUCCACAGAUGGAUACCACCUCCGUAGGCAGGGAAAAAAGGACAAAGGUUAGAGAGACAAUUAAUAACUAUAUGAUACAGUGGAACUAUAUGAUACAGUGGAUUCAUGGAGAUUGCAUCACCCUAAGGAAAAAUCAUAUACAUAUUUUGCAGGAAUUCAUAAUACCCAGCAUAGAAUUGAUUUUUUGCUAACAUCAGCAUUACAUCCCGUUAGUAGCCGAUGUGACAUUGAUAUUCCCGUUAUAGCUAAUCACUCAGCAGUAAUAUGGGAAUAUAAUUUAUCUAAAACCCAGGAAGGUAUGAGGAGAUGGUAUCUUAAUAUAUCAUUACUAAAUGAAAAAAACUUCAUUCAAUAUAUAAGCCAAGAAACACAAAUAUAUUUUAAAAAUAACUCCAAAUCCUCAAUGUCAAGACUGAUGGAAUGGGAAGGAUAUAAAGCUUACACCAGAGGGAAGAUAAUAUCCUUCUCUGCCAACAAAGCCAAGCUGCAAAGAUUAAAGUAAAAUAAUCUAAACAUUUCUUUAAAAACACUACGGGGUGAUAUGGAACAUAAUAUAUCUGAGGGUACAUAUGAAAGAAUACAACAACUAACAUUAGAACUGAAUAUACUAGCUAAAAAAAUUGAGUCCAGCCUACUAAGUCUAAGACAAAUAUACUGGGAACAGGGAGAAUUGCAUGUCAACGCAAAUUAAGAAUGGAUAAAUAGGAAGAAAUCUGGAAUGAAUAUUUAAGCGAUAAGGCGGAUAGAGGUGAGAAGUGGGGGGAGGAGAGAGAGGUGGGAAAAUAUUGUUAAAAGGGUGCAGUCACAGGUAUAUCAGUGUAUUUAAAUCUGAAUUGUCAAAUUGUGUUAUUAUUGUUAUUAUGGCUUUUGUUGUACAGUAGUGUCUUUUGCGGUUGCUGUUUGUAUAGAAAAAAUGAUUAAAUAAUUUUUUUUAAAAAAACUGAUCUUAUGAUCCAACAGGGAGCUUACCGAGAGGGUACAUGAUCCCAUGAUUCUCCUCCUUGACUUCCUUAUGCAAAGCUCUCUGGUCAGGAUCCAGCAACGUCCACGUCUCGUCUGUGAAACAAACAGCAACACCUUCACCUGAACACUCCCCAUCAGCUGUUGCCUUAAUCUGGUUGGUCUAAAUUUAAAUGUAUACGUAAAUCUCUUUCUUCACUUUGAAUCCCCUCCCAUUUUCAUGAGGAGACCAACUCUGUAUUGUUUCAUUGGUGACAGAAGAGGAAUAAUGACUAUUGCUCAAAAUUAAUCUAGGCACAAGAGCCACAAGAGCUCCUGACUAGGCAUUCAGUUUUGCGAUCUUGAAUGUUCUCUGCUCUCUCCUGUUCCUCCCCCUUUUCUUCAGUUGAAAGCAAUUAAUGAACCCAGAACUCAUACCCUGACCACUAAUGAUGAACCAUAUGUUAUAGAUAUUCUGGCAAAUUUAUUCUGCUAUUUUACAUAGAAAUGACAUGAGAAGACCUGGCCUACAUAAUUGUAUUAUUUAUUAGUCCUAUGAUCCUUGUUUUUAAAAGCAAAUAAAAAGUUAUUCCAAAAAGAAAAGAAAAAACCAAUACACCGAGGCCUCAUCUGCGUUCAAUCUACAAAGCAGGAUCAGAUUAAAGAGUUGUGGCCUCUAGUGCUACGUGAUGGAUCAGUGAGUUGUCUGACAUUGGUAGGGCAUCCAGAUCACAGAACUGGUUUUAGACAUUUUGAGCUGCCAAUACAUCGCGGUGGCCGGGGAGCUGUGAUCUAUUCCUAGCUCAAAUUGCCUGCAGAUGACAAAAGCGUAGGCAGGCAGGCAGGCAGGCAGGUGGGGGAGCCCGAAAAGGUGCUCCCCUUCUCCAUCUCCAUCCGCCUGCCUGCCUCCCCCCCACCCCCAAGCUGAGCAAGCCCCAAUUCCUCUCUGGCUCCAUCCCUCCACAUCCCCAUCUCCACUCUCCUGGGACUCACCAGAUCUCUCGGAGGUCCCUGGGAGGGAACACUCAGAGGUUGUGGAGAGGGAGGCAGGAGACAACCUGACCAGGUCAUCGGUCCAUCUUCCCUCUUCCAUCUCCUCUAGCUUGACAGGAUCUGUCUCACUCAUCCUUCCUGAAGAGUCAAGUAGCCAAAAGAAGCUGCAGGGUCCUGGGAGAGAGGAAGAAGCAAAGGGAGCCUCAGAGAAACUCCUGCCCUAGAUAUUCUCCUGCCCCUAACAGAAGCCCCAUUUCUAAACUUCUCCAGUGGUUCCAAUUUCACCUGUUUACUCCUCACCCCACUUCAUAAGGCUGGCAUGGUCUGCAUAGUAGUGACCUGAGAGUACAUCCCCUUGAACUCAGUGGGGCUUAUGGACACAACUUGGUGCCAAACCCAGUCACCUUCCUGUCCCUGAGCCUGAAAACUGCAACCCCAGAGCAUGGGCAGAAAAUAGAUGAGUAGCCAUUACCUGUAGCUGCCCUCAUGCUAGGUGCUUUCUAUGGAGAGCCCUGCUGACGCUCUUUGAGCUCCCUCAUCGCAAGCCAGGCAGAUGUUGUGGCCAUACAGUGCUACCUCUGGUCACAUACUUAAUUCGUUCCAGAGGUCUGUUCUUAACCUGAAACUGUUCUUAACCUGAAGCACCACUUUAGCUAAUGGGGCCUCCGACUGCCGCCGCACAAUUUCUGUUCUCAUCCUGAAGCAAAGUUCUUAACCCGAGGUACUAUUUCUGUGUUAGCGGAGUCUGAAGCCUGAAGUGUAUGUAACCUGAAGCGUAUGUAACCUGAGGUAGCACUGUAUUUGCCUCUGUCUGGGGUUGCAUGGGGACCAAAUCUGUAUGCGGAAGCAGAGGAGCUGGUGAUGCCACAUUUCUGAAUCAUCUGGAGACUAAUACACCGCUCCUUCUUCGAUAUUCCCUGUGCUUAUACACCAUCUUUGCAAGUCUCCGGUCUCGAAAUGUGGCCCCCACCCUGGCAUGGAAGCCAUCAAAGUACAGUCAUACCUCAGGUUGAAUACGCUUCAGGUUGAGCGCUUUCAGGUUGUGCUGACGGCGACCGGAUCCUAUGCACCCCUCGCAUCCAACUUGUACCUAAAAAUCUGCACAAGCCUGCACCAGAGAAUUGCAGAGUUGGAAGGGACCCCUGAGGGUCAUCUAGCCAACCCCCGGGGCAGUGCAGGAAUCUCAACUAGACCAUCCCUGACCAAGGGCCAUCCAGCCUCUGCUCUAAGGCCCUUCUUUGCAUGCCUUCUCCACCAGAGGUCUGGGUGGUGGCAACAUAAAAGCGGGCCUUUUCUGCCGUGGAUCCCCAUUUGUGGGAGGCUCGCCUGGCACCUUCCUGACAUCUUUAGGUGCCAGGCAAAAAUGUUUCUCUAUAACUGGGCCUUUGGCCAGUUGACAUGCCUCUGAAAUAUGUUUGUGGGAGGAGAGAUCAUUGGUUUGUCUUUGUUUUAUUAUGCAUUUGGUGUUCUCAGUUAUUUACUAGAAACUACUUCUCUAGAAUUAGAUACAGAUUCUCAUAAUGUCAAAAUCAACAUCGUGACAUAAUAUAUUAAAAUGUAGCUUUUCAGUUGACCCCCAAGUCCAGUAUGUACAAAAUACAACUCCUAUUUUGUCAGUGUCGUAGUACAUUCUUUUCUACUUUCUUGACUCUUGUCUUUUUCUGUCUAGUGUCUUCCCUAGAAGAGUAGCAUGAAACAAUCUUCGAAGUGUCUGAUAAAGAUGAUUUGGUUGGCAGACAAAAAAGACUGGCCCUGAGAGAUGCCGCAUAGGCAGACAAGACAAUGAUUCCUGGGUUUUCCCUUCAUCAGCUGUGCAGAGGGCUAAAUCAUUUUGGAAUGUUUGCAGGGACUGGGAGCUUCCAUCGGAUCACUGUAAUGGAUUGCUUUGAAGGGAUUUCUGCACCAGGUAAAGGGAUUUUUGGCCCCCCAAUUCCCCCCCACCUGUAUUUUGCCCAGCCCAAGGUGGCGAGUUUACCUAAAGCAGCCAUAGGUCCUUGCUGACC